AUGUACCUGUACCGGUUUUAUAUUCGAUUUACGGCACGUGCUGCGCAAAUUUGGAUCUGGAAAGGUACGAGAAGUUUCGGUUUCAGGGCAGCAAGAACAAGGGCGGGACGGCAGGCACACGAACAGGUGGAUUGGCAUGAAGAGGGAACAAACACGGCACAGAUCAUACAAGACAAGAAAGACGCUGGAUACUCCCGUGCGAGAGACGGCAGAACCACACGGCCAGCCCGCGUCGCGCGCCGUUACACGGACGGGAAUGACGGCGGCAGGCGGAAAAGUGGGUUUUGCGGGGGAAGCAAAGCGGCCGGGAGGCGCGCCAAGUUGUGGGGUCCACGGCAGGGCGAACGGACGCAAAACAUUCGCGGGGUCUGGGGUAUCCUAGCGGGGUACGGAGUGAACACCGGUGUGAUAUGA